AAAAUGAACCACAGCGCAUUCCAUCAGCGGCAGUCGUUAAAGUAGGAGUGUACUUUGUAAAACAUAUUAAGUUUGCGAUUGCUUAAUAUACUUUCGCCGAUUUGGAAAAAAAAUUGAAACUAGUUCUAUAUCUAAGCCAAAUAAGUGCCUAGAAAGUGCAAUAAUGUUCGAUUUCAAUCUGGAAUUUGCUCGUGGUGGAGCAGCUGUUGCUACAGAGCUCUUCGAAUUACUCGCAGCCGGCGGUGUAAAACAAAACAUUGUCUUCUCACCAUUUUCAAUUCAGACCUGUGUCGCAUUGGCAUUUGCCGGUGCCAGUGGAGAAACUGCUGAUCAAAUAGCUGAAGGUUUGAAGUUCGCGUCGAAUUUCCACCCGGAAGUAGCUACAACGUUCGCAUUUGUUUUUGACAAAUACAAGGACAGUGAGUUAUUGAAAAUUGCAAACAAAGUGUAUGUUCAGCAAGGACAUGACUUGAAACCAGAUUACCAAACAGAGUUAAAAGAAAGUUAUAAUGCUGAAACUGAAAAUGUUAACUUUGAAGAAAGUGAAAAUGUUGCCGCCACUAUUAAUUCCUGGGUAGAAGAUAAAACGGCUGGAAAAAUUAAGGAUCUUGUGCAGGCCUCGGCCUUCAGUGCUCUAACCCGCCUGGUUUUACUGAAUGCUUUGCAUUUCAAAGGUUUAUGGGCGCAUAAAUUUGAAGAAGAACAAACUGUUGAGGAUGAUUUUUGGAUAUCUGAAGAGGAAUCAGUUAAAGUGCAAUACAUGAAUCAAAAAGCGAAGUUUGGUUAUGGAUUCUUUGAAGAGUUGGACUGUCAGGCUCUCGAACUGCCUUACCAAGAUUCGGAUUUAUCAAUGCUGGUUCUGUUGCCUAAUGAGCGAGAAGGCCUUAAAACUCUUGCCGAGAAAUUGAAAUCAGUAAAUUUGGUUGACCUAGCUGGCAAUCUAGAAGCCAAUGAGGACGUUGUGGUCCAAUUGCCUAAAUUCAAAGUGGAAUACGAAGUAGAGUUGACGGAAACAUUGAAGAAGCUGGGCAUAAGCAAAAUCUUCAGCGAAGAAGCUGAGUUCAGCAACAUGUUGGAAUCACCCGAGCCUCUGCAAGUAUCCAAUGUUUUCCACAAGGCUGUUAUUGAGGUCAACGAAGAGGGCACGGAAGCAGCGGCCGCAACUGCAAUGAUUAUGAUGACUCGUUGCCUUCUGAUACCACUGCAGUUUGUUGCUGAUCGCCCAUUCUUCUACGCUAUUUGGAAUAAGAGAAAUAUUCUAUUUGCUGGUGCUUUUGUCAAUGCGCCUUAAGAGGCUGCUGCGUUAGCGAUAAAGUAUGACGUCAUGUGCAUAGAGUUGUUGUGAACCAU